ACUCCUUUACGAUGCAUCAAUCGUAACAACAAAGUUCAGUGUGCUUUUGUGCGUGAUAGCCCACGCAUGUGGGGUGCACGCAAUUUCAUUUUAAUUUUUGUUCCAAGCAAACAAAUUUUUCAUUUUGUGCGUCUCAAUACAAAUUACUGAAAAUAAAUAGAAAAAAAAACAACAAGUGAAAGAGCAUUUUAUUUAAGUCGCACGAUAGCCCAAAAAAAAGUAUACAGUUUAAGUUAGAUUUUCUACAAAUAUAUAACCAAUUAUUUUUUUUUUGAUGUAUUAAACCACGAAACGCAGCGAAGUAAAAGUGACGACAACCGUGGCUACGCAAAAGGUAUAUAUCGAUUUGUUUAAUCGAGUGUUGCAAAGUAAUAUGUCGCAUAUGAAAAAAAGAAUGAAUGUCUUUAUACGUUCGAGGUGUUCGUAAUUUUUGGGGCACAAAUUCGUCAGAAUUGAUCACACAGUGAAGCUCUUACGCAGGAAAAAAGAAAAAACAAGUAUUAAAUACUGCACAAUUUUAAUAAUGUGGGUUGAAAUUAUGUGCUCGACCGACUAGAUGUCUAUUAAAUUUAUGUUCAAAUCGAAUUGGAGUACGUGUUGAAUCUAUAAAUUAUGUAUUGCAAAUAAAGCCGGUAUAAAAUGUGUCACAAAAAAUCCCAGAUAAAAAAGCGCAAACGAUGAAUAACAACUGUUCGCAUUUAAAAAAAAAUGUAUAGCCUGAUUCAUUCUUCAAACAAUGUUCAAUGAACGCAAUAUUCUAAAUACAGUAGUGAGUGUUAAUGAAAUAGCAAAAAGCAAAGUACAAAUGAGUGUAUGAAUAACAUGAGCUAGUGACCUUCAACUUUUGCACAUUUUACUCCCUUUAACGACAUAUUACAGUAAAAAAAACAUUCUUUAUCAAUUGUUAGAGAAGACUCCAAAGCGAGCAACAUUUAAAGCAAAAAAGGCGCGCGCGCACACAUUUUGUAAGUAAGUUAUUAUGCAUACAUGUAUUAAUCAUGAAUGAGUAAAUGUCAAAGCAACGCGUACUUAUAGUAGUACAUACACGCUACGUAUGAUUGGGCGCUUGAAACGCACCGACGCAAAUGUGUGACGAUCAUUCGCAUCGAACCGAUAUGUGAACAAUUCAUAAACGACGUAAACGACAAGAAAUAGACAGAAACAUACAAAUAACAAAGUCUGAGUAUACCGUACUGACGAAUGUAAUUUUCGUGCGUGCAUUUCAGUAACAUUCAAGUAGAGACAAUCAUGCCCUACACAUCGUAGAGAAACAACAGCAGCAGCAACAACAACACGUUAUACACACUACACAGAUUCAUCCUCCCGGGAUUCACAUUUUCAAUUCGCUCAAUUUUAUUUCCAUCGUCGAGUUUUUGAUGUCUUUUAGUGUUAAACUGUAACGUGACUCUAACGGUGGUUUAAGUUUUUUUGUGAUUAAUAUGGACACAUUUCUUCAAAGUAAUUUUAUAUGUGUGUUACGAUUCGUAACUUACGAAUGAGAUAAAAUUCGUUUUGUUUAGUGCAUCCAAAAAAAAACUAAGCACAUGUAGAAAAACCGGCGAAUAAAAAAUGGACGUGUUGAAAAUUAAGUAGUUCAAGAAAAAAAAGAGUUAAUUAAAACAAGAAAAAUCGUGGAAAAAAACUAAAGCGCAGUGAAAAGUAGCAACGUCACUCGUUUUUAUCGUUUGAGAAACGUAAUUGGUGACAGCAAUUAAGAUAAAGACGAAGAAACUCAAUAGAUAUAAACUGCAAAAAUGGCGCACGGUGGCCCAUCGAAGCGUAAAUCAAACAGCAACAUCAAUGACAAUAAUGACGAAGAUGAACUUUCUAUUCCACCCCCGGAUGGCGGUUUUGGAUGGAUUGUUGUUAUUGCAAGUUUCUUAAUUCACAUUAUAACCGAUGGCAUAACCUAUUCAUUCGGAAUUAUAUAUUUAGAGCUGUUGGAUGAAUUCAAAGCCGGCAAAGGCUAUACCUCGUGGAUUUUGAGUCUUAUGAGCGGAAUGACCCUGUGCUCAGGUCCGAUAAGUUCGUCAUUCGUUAACAAGUAUGGUUGCCGUGCUGUAACAAUAGCUGGUGCGAUACUCGCUGCAGCUUGUCUUCUUAUUAGUGUUUAUGCACAAAAUGUACUCACGUUGAUUAUAAGCAUCGGGUUUGGUGUCGGCUGCGGCCUCGGUCUCAUCUAUCUACCGGCUAUCGUUAGCGUGACGACGUAUUUUGAGAAAUAUCGUUCGGUUGCUACUGGAAUAGCAGUUGCUGGUAGUGGUUUGGGGACUUUUUUGUUUGCCCCGCUGAUAGCUGUUCUGAUCGGUUCAUAUGGUUGGAGGGGGACCUUGUUGGUGUUAUCGGGAAUUGUUUUGAAUUGUGCUGCAUUCGGUGCAUUGUUUCGACCAUUAACUGCAUCCAGUACACGGCAAAUCGCUCCAGCCGAACAAAACGAUACAUAUCAACGGGAACAAAGUUAUGAAGUUGAAUCUCUACAAAGUGGCCAUCAAAAUGGGCAUGGUCAUUUGAAACGAAAGCCACGAACAACAUCGGUUCGCGUACCAAGCGUGAAUGUCAUUUCAGAAGUUGGAGACGGCGUUCAAAUGACACGAUCACAGAGUGUUGGACAUAGCAUGGCCAUUGAAACGACAAACAACUACGAUUCAAAUAAACUACUCAAUGUAAAUUAUUGCAAUGGACGUCAAGAGAAUGGCAUCGGCGGCACUAUGAAGUCUACAAAUCAUAAUGGCAAAUCGGACGGCAUGCGAUACACAUUAAGUCAACCAUUACUAAUUCAUUCAACAUCCGAUUCCGAUCACGAAAAUAAACCACUUAAAGAAUCACAUAAGCACUGGCGUAGCGGAACUCUUUCGCGGCCAGACAUUUUCUACCAGGGAUCGCUUUAUAACAUUCCUAAUUAUAAGUCACAUACCGAGUUGCCAACCGAUGCAGAUAGAUAUGGUUCACUUCGACGCGUGAGCGAAAAUGAUGAAAUAUCUUCAAAUGGUGUAUGCUGCGGGUGCAUACCGGCAGACACACGUGAAAGUUUUCUCGAAAUGAUUAACUUCUCUUUGUUUAAGGAUCCGAUUUUCGUUCUAUUCACUGUAUCGAAUUUUGCCACUAGUUUAGGUUUCUAUGUCCCCUAUUUUUGUUUAGCUGAUCAAGCAAAAGAUUUGGGAUUGUCCGAAGGAGAUGGAAGCUAUUUGCUUUCCAUCAUUGGUGUAUUUAACACAUUUGGUCGUUUAAUUUUGGGAUACAUAUCCGACAAAUCUUGGGUUAACCGCCUUUGGGUCUACAAUGUAUGUCUCGUUAUUUGUGGUGUUGCUACUGCUGCUUCAGUUUUCUGUCUAGAUUUUCAAACACUUGCCAUUUAUGCUGCUGUGUUUGGUUUUACCAUUGGGGCAUAUGUCGGUUUAACAUCGGUCAUAUUGGUCGAUUUACUUGGACUGGAUAAACUCACAAAUGCAUUUGGUUUGUUGCUAUUAUUUCAAGGCAUUGCCACAUUUCUUGGGUCUCCAAUCGUCGGUUUUCUUUAUGAUCAAUCGCAUUCGUAUACGCCUGGUUUCAUAUUUGCUGGUUUAAUGAUUGCUGUCAGCGGACUUAUAUUGUUCUUCAUCCCGGCAAUGCAACGAUACGAAAGACAACGGCAUCACUCUACAGACCAAGCUGAAAACGUGAUAGCAUCGUAGUUUUAAACUCCGUUCGAAAGAAAAGUAACACUAUUUUUUAGUUUUUAAGCAUUAAAUCGAAAUGAAAAAAAAAACCAAAAACAAAAGAAAACGAUUCUUAAGAGCCAAUUUCUGAUUUUUAUGUAUAUAUACAAAUAUAUUAUCCAUAAAGAAAUUUGCUUGCAAAAUUGUCACAGUUACAUCGAACAACCGUUUGUAUAUUUAUGUGCGUGGCUCUUUAAGUUAACUGCAAAUUUCUUUAUGAGAAUCGAACGUUUGAAAAGGAUUUAUGCUACUAAGCUUCCGUUUAGUAUAGACUGUCGACUGUGAUCGAAAAACAAAAACAGAAACUAUUUGUGUAUAUGUUAACAGAAUAAAACUAAAAAGCACAAUAUAAACUUCCUGCAAAUCGGAAACGUUCAAGACCACCCCGCAGAUGAUGAUCUUCAUUCGCUUUUAUCUCACUUCUAUUCUUUCUAAUUCUUUCUUUUGAUUAAAUCAAUUUGGUACAAAGUUCAUGAUUCAAA